AUGGCUCUACUUGCUUCUGCCCUGACUCCCACCACUCACCUUGGCCUUAGGAGCCAUGUAGGACCAAAUCGUGAGAUUUUAUGGCUCCGAUCUGCUGCUUCAUCACAAAAGAGCAAGGGAAGGUGUAACAUUACCGUUAGGUUACAAAGAGAAUCACAACCAGCGGAACCUAUUGGGCAUGUAACUACUAAGCUCAAGCCCUGGCAAAUCCCUAGAAGGGACUGGUUCUCCCCCGAGUUCAUCUUUGGUGCGUCCACUUCAGCGUACCAGGUUGAAGGUGCUUGGAAUGAAGAUGGCAAGGGGGAAAGCACUUGGGACCACUUCUGCCACAAUUAUCCUGAGCGCAUAUCUGACGUGACCAAUGGGGAUGUCGCAGCGGACUCCUACCAUAUGUAUGAAGAGGAUGUCAAAGCGCUGAAGGACAUGGGCAUGGAUGCGUAUAGGUUCUCCAUCUCUUGGUCGAGAAUACUGCCAAAUGGGACGGGAACCCCAAACCGGAAAGGCAUUCAUUACUACAAUAAGCUGAUCAACUCGUUGAUACGUCAUGGCAUAGUGCCAUAUGUUACAAUUUGGCAUUGGGACACCCCUCAAGCACUGGAAGACAAGUACGGCGGCUUCUUAGAUCCGAGGAUUAUAAAUGACUACAAACACUUCGCCGAGGUGUGCUUUCAGAGCUUCGGCGACAGGGUGAAGCACUGGUUCACCUUUAACGAGCCACACACAUAUUGUUGUUUCUCCUAUGGAGAGGGGAUUCAUGCUCCUGGGAGGUGCUCGCCUGGGAUGGAUUGUGCCAUCCCAGAAGGAGACUCGCUCAAAGAGCCAUACAUUGCUGGACACCACAUCCUCCUAGCUCAUGCCGAGGCUGUUGAGCUGUUCAAAACACAUUACAACCAGUGUGAGGAUGGCAAAAUAGGGAUGGCUUUUGACGUAAUGGGUUACGAGCCAUACCAAGACUCGUUCCUCGAUGAACAGGCCCGGCAAAGAUCCAUCGACUACAACCUCGGAUGGUUCGUAGAGCCAGUGGUUCGUGGUGACUACCCCUUCUCCAUGAGAUCACUUAUCGGAGAUCGUCUACCCAUGUUCACUGAGCUUGAGCAAGCCAAGCUAGCGUCCUCCUGUGACAUCAUGGGUCUCAACUACUACACCUCCAGGUUCUCCAAGCACAUUGACAUGUCAUCAAACGUUACGCCAAAGCUGAACAUCGACGACGCUUACUCUAGUUCCGAAAUUGUAGGGUGUGACGGGAAUACCAUCGGGCCUAAAACUGGAACUUUUUGGAUUUACAUGUACCCAAAAGGCCUAAGGGACCUCCUUCUGAUCAUGAAGGAGAAAUACGGAAACCCACCCAUCUUCAUCACUGAGAACGGAAUGGCUGACGUGGACGGCGAUGAAACCAUGUCAGAUCCCCUGGAUGACUGGAAAAGGCUAGACUACCUCCAGCGCCACAUCUCAGCCGUCAAGGACGCAAUAGACCAAGGCGUGGACGUGCGGGGCCACUUCACGUGGGGUCUCGUUGACAACUUUGAGUGGGGCCAAGGCUACAGCUCACGUUUCGGCCUCGUCUACAUCGACAAAAAUGACGGCCUCAAGCGCAAGCUCAAGAAGUCAGCCAAGUGGUUUGGAAAGUUCAACGCCGUCCCAAAACGCUUGAUUGGUAUUACCAAACCAACUGGGCAAGCUCCCGUGUGA